AUGAUGUCCUCCUCAGCACCAUCUCCCCCGGUCCUCACCAUCCCAGGCUUGGCGGUGGAGCUGGGAAUCCGGCACAGCGGUACCUCAGCCCCGCUGGUGCCCAUCGAGGAAGUGGAGAACCCCGAGUUCAUGGGCAAAGGCGGAUUUGGCGCUGUCUUCCGGGCACAGCACAGGACUUGGGGUUUGGAAGUGGCGGUGAAGAUCGUGAACUCGUGAUGCCGGCCUGCGAUAUCCCGGGAGGUGAAGGCCAUGGCAAGCCUGUGUAACAAUCAUGUGCUGCCCCUGCUGGGGGUCACAAAGAAACUGGAGUGGGAGUACGUGUCUGGGCCGGCUCUGGUGACUCAAUUCAUGGAGAGUUCCCUGGCGGUGCUGCUACAGCCCCAGUGCCCGAGGCCAGGGCCGCUUCUCUGCCGCCUGCUGCAGGACCUGGUGCUCGGGAUGUGCUACCUGCACAGCCAGAACCCCAUGCUUCUACACCGGGAUCUCAAGCCCCCCAACGUCCUAUUGGACUCAGAGCUGCAUGCCAAGGUCACUGGAAGAUGUGGCCUGUCCACGUUUCUGGGAGUCUCACAGACAGGGGCAGGAUCUGGGGAGUCAGGGAGCACCCCAGCUUACUUGGCCCCAGAACUGUUGGCUGAUAUAAACUGGAAGGCCUCCAUGGCCAGUGAUGUCUACAGCUUCGGGAUCCUAAUGUGGGCAGUGCUAGCCAGAAGAGAAGCUGAGAGUAAAACUCUAGGCGACUCUGGGAUCCUUCACCUCAGGGGGCUGAGAGACGUGACACCAACUGGCCUCCCAGGGCGCCAGGGCCAAAUCCAGUACCAGGAGUCAAUAAAUGUGGUGGAAUUUUGA